CCGAUACCACCUGAACGCAGCACGCGUGUCCUUGGUAGCACAAUGUUGCUCUAACGAAUGUGAACAGGAAGUUGUAUGUGACAGUUAGCUGAAUAACUAGGAGGUAGUCAACUCCGUGUUUCGGGUGUAAUGGACACUUAAUGACGUUAGUUUGAAUUUGAUAGUUUAAUCAGCUGUUGAUAUGACGUUUGAAACAAACACCCAUCCAAAUAGACAGGAACCCAUCUGAUGAGGGGACUCCCACAGCUGGCAGGAUGCGGCAGAAGAGGAACAUCCAGAUCAUUGAGUGGGAGGACCUCGACAAGAGGAAGUUCUACUCUUUUGGGGUGUUUAUGACAGUGUCCAUCCGGGCCAUCUUAUACCCAGCCACACUCAUUCGCACUCGGUUGCAGGUGCAGAGGGGCAAAUCGCUCUACAGCGGGACUUUUGAUGCCUUCAUUAAAAUCUUGCGAGUGGAGGGCAUACGAGGCCUCUAUCGUGGCUUCAUGGUCAACAACUUCACACUCAUCUCAGGCCAGGCUUACAUAACUACCUAUGAGGUGGUGAGGAAGUAUGCCUCCCAGUAUUCUCAGGACAAUACAGUCAAGUCGCUGGUGGCAGGUGGCUCAGCCUCCCUGGUUGCCCAGAGUAUCACUGUUCCUAUAGAUGUUGUCUCGCAGCAUCUGAUGAUGCAAGGCCAAGGAGAGCACCUCACUCGCUUUCGACUCAAAUCUAACACAGAUACUGGAAAGCCCAAAAAAGUGUUUGGUCAAACCAGGAACCUUAUUGCUCAGAUUUUUGCGGCUGAUGGUUUCCGGGGCUUCUACAGGGGUUAUGUGGCUUCUUUACUCACUUAUAUCCCAAACAGUGCUGUCUGGUGGCCUUUCUAUCAUUUUUAUGCAGAGCAGCUCUCAAAACUGGCUCCGAGUAACUGCCCUCACCUGAUUCUACAAGCCAUGGCAGGGCCUCUCGCUGCUGCUACUGCCUCAACUGUCACUAACCCCAUGGACGUGGUCAGAGCCAGAGUACAGGUUGAAGGGAGGACUUCAAUCAUCGAGACCUUCCGCCAGCUGAUUAAAGAGGAGCGCUUCUGGGGCUUGACCAAAGGACUGUCAGCACGGAUCAUUUCAUCCACGCCCACUGCCAUUGUCAUGGUGGUUGGCUAUGAGACGCUAAAGAAACUGAGUUUGAGACCAGAGCUGGUGGAUUCGAGACACUGGUAAAAGAUACCGGGACAGACAGUAUAUGGACCAUGUGCCAUUUUAGCCCCAAACAUGCCUCCUGUCAAAGCACUGAGUGAAAGAAAGGUAUGGGGAAAGAAAUAAAAUUAAGCUACUUUAACCACACAAACUAUGGGUUUAAAUCUUUUUUUGACCAUUAAUAUGAGCUUAUUAGUUACACAUUAAAUGCCUGGUCUUUAAUUUCAUAGCCAGAUUCUGUUUGUGCUGCUGUUUAACAGGGUUGUUGCUUUUUAGUGCAAUUGAAAGUCUGUUAACACUGGAAAAUGCAGACAAAGUGAUGAAAACCUAUAGGAUUGAUUCUCCAUAUUUGGUCAGCAAAGAAAAAGUCAACGCAUUCUACAAUCAAGUCAAAGGUUGUUUUUGUUUUUUUUUUCAGUGGAGAGAAGUGGGGUUGGUGACAGACUGUUGUCAUCUGACAGUUAUCUGGAGUAAUGUGUGUUUGUGCUGUCCUACCAGAACCAAGCAGUGUCCGGCCCACACGAACACCUGUUUUUGAUUAAUGUUCUUAGAAAGGUCAUAUACCUCAGGAUCAUACAUUCAGUUCAGCAGUAAGCUAUUUUAUUUUUCUCCCAUUUGUUUACUCGGGCUCACCAGACUGGUUUCUUCUCCUCCUCCUGUUUUUAUGUUUUUUAAAUUGCUGCCAGUGUUAAUUCAGAGUAGUCUGCUUUUUUGUUUUUAAUUGCCAAAUGUGCAGAAGAAGAACAGUAGGUCUUGUAACAUGCUAGUUUUAAUAUCUUACUGGCACUGUAAAAAAAGUCCCAGUAAUCAAGCUGGUUAAUAAAUGGCUGGUUUGGCCUAAUAGUAACUAGAAGGAAACCGAAUGUAACUUCCAUUAUGCUGGGCAUUGUGGUGACAGCGUAUGUUUGAGGGCAAUAAUGUAAAUGUUUUCUCCUUUUUAGCACAAUUGUGAUUGUAUAUUUCCUGUAGAUUGUGUUAAUGUCUCAAAAAUGUGUAUUUGUUUUGGGAUUAUGACCACUGAAGUGAUAAACUUCAAAAUUUAACAUAGUCAUUGUUUCAGAUGAGUAAUUUUGACUGUUGUGACUUUUUAAGGACGAUAACUGUUUUUGAGAUAAAAACAAGUUAUAUAUCGAGUGUAUAUAUAUAUAUAUGGUCAGUUUGUAGAACUGACCAUAGAAUUUAAAUAUUACUUACAGAAGUUGUCACUGCAGGUAUUUUAAGCAGAGAGAAAAGAGAAUGGUAACAGGCAGUUUUACUUCAAGUGGAGUUCCUAAAUCUUAAAGUUUGUUUAGGUGAAGGAAUAAUGUUAAAUUGAAAUUAUACAUAAAUUUGCUCAGGUUUUGCCAAGAGGUGUUGAACAUAAGGCAUACCUGAAGAACCUAGAAAUAGGUCUUAGUUUUAUAUUCUCAAACACGUUUAAGCAGGGACAUUCUUACACUUAUCCAGGGUGGUUAUCUUCAUCAUUUAAAGGCCUGUUCUUAUUAAAACCUGUGAACCUCGUGGGAGAGAAGGGAAUCAACUUAAGUAUAAAGAUUGACUACAGUCUGGAAGGUUUGUUUUCUUGGGACAGUUUCCAGCAACUCUAAAAGCGUGAUUAUGUUGUCAGUGAGCAACACAGGUGGGUCUUGUUGUAAAUCAGAGCUCGACUGCAGAGUACAGAAUACAUGUGAUUCCACAUCUUGUGUUGGCUCAGUGUCCAAGCUAUUGAACAGGCUGCUACAUUUUUGAAGCUGGUGCUGAUACUUACAUAUUUAAGCACUGAAAAAAUGAUAUGUUGGCCAAUAUUUGAUACUGAUAUUUAAACCUAACCUGUUCCAUGUCUUUGGUAUUUCUAUACUGUAAUUUCUUGUUAAUUAUCAGUACAUGAUGAUAAUUAUGUCUGUGGUAAGCAGCUAUUGGCUGACAAACCUAGUCUUAUUUAUCGUAUUACAUAUGACUCAGUUGUGUUGUCAAACACUUUGCAAGGUACUGAAUGAUUCUUUUCAUUGUCUGUGGCCUCAAAAUCCUCAAACAUUGAUUAGAUGUGAAUAAAAUAAAUGGCAGGCUGUGUGAUU